UAUAACCCGAAAUUAAAGCGAUGGCGGCGAGCGGCGGCUGCUGCUCGUCCCUGCCCGGCCCCGGAAGAGGCGCGGUCUCUGUCGCGCUGUCGCGAUGGCGCUCGAGUCGCUCCGGUACCGGCGCGGUUCCCUCGAGGUUCUGAACCAGCGGCUGCUCCCGGGGCAGCUCCGCUACGAGCGGGUGGGGGGCGUGGAGCGGGCCUGGGGGGCCAUCCGGGACAUGGAGGUGCGGGGGGCUCCGGCCAUCGCCCUCCUGGGCUGCCUCAGCCUCGCCGUGGAGCUGGCGGGGGGCGCGGGACCCUCGGAGGAUUUGGGGGCGCUGGAGGAGUUCGUGGGGCAGAAAUUGGGGUUCCUGCUCAGCGCCCGCCCCACGGCCGCCAACCUGGGCCGGGAGGCCGAGCGGCUCCGGGCGUUCGUGCGGCAGCGGGUGGAGACCCCCGGGGUCACCCCCGAGCAGCUGCGGGAGAGCAUCAUUGAGUACAUCGAGGGGCUCCUGGAGAAGGACCGCAGGGACAACCGGAGCAUCGGGGCCCACGGGGCCGGUGCCAUCCUGGGGAGGGUCCCGGGGGGCGGCCCCGUCACCCUCCUGACCCACUGCAACACCGGGAGCCUGGCGACGGCCGGAUACGGCACCGCACUGGGCGUGGUGCGGGCUCUCCACGAGCGCGGGGCGCUGUCCCGCGUGUUCUGCACCGAGACGCGGCCGUUCCACCAGGGCUCGCGGCUGUCGGCGCUGGAGCUGCGCCACGACGGCGUCCCCGUCACCCUCAUCACCGACAGCGCCGCCACCGCCGCCAUCAGCCAGCGCGGCGUCCAGGCCGUGGUGGUGGGCGCCGACCGCGUGGCCGCCAACGGGGACGUGGCCAACAAGAUCGGGACGCUGACGCUGGCGGUGGCCGCGCGGCACUUGGGGGUCCCGUUCUACGUGGCCGCCCCCAGCAGCUCCUGCGACCCCGCGCUGGCCUCGGGCCACCUGAUCCCCAUCGAGGAGCGCCCGGGAACGGAGCUCACCCAGCUCGGGGGCGUCCUCCUGGCUGAGCCCGGUGUGGAUGUGUGGAACCCGGCGUUUGACGUCACUCCCCACGAGCUCAUCACGGGGGGAAUCAUCACCGAGUUCGGGGUCUUCGCCCCCUCCGAGCUGUUCCAGGCGCUGGCGGAGCGGGGACAGCGGUGACGGAUCCUGCCCCGGUACAGCCCGGUGUGUCCCGGUCCUUUGCGGUGUGCCCCGG